GCAGCUCCAAGGUUUUCACUUUUCCUUUUUUGCUUUUGCACUGACGACAACGCACAAUGUGGGUCCGCUCCACGAGUGAUUUUAUUUCCUCUGCGAUUCUCGAUGCAGCUAGUUCGUUCACAAUCAUCAUGCGCUCUCUAUUUAACAUAGUGCUACUCGGAGCGUUGGUGUUGGCCAAUGUAUCCGGAGAGGUCGAUUCCACGCGCGAAAGUCUAGAAAGGUCCACGUUCGACGAUCAAACGGACGACAACGAGAAAGUGAUCCACGCGCAAAGUUUGGCAACAAUUGAAAGUUUCUUACGUUCACCUGUUAACGUUUCAAAGGAUACGCAAACAGGUCGAAUUAAAUUACCUCCAAUUGACAGCGGGGGCCCUCAAGUCUCAGAUGCAAACGAAGGAGACCAAGACUCGAAGAAUUCAGAAGAGGCGUUUGACUUAUCUUCGGAAGGCAAUCCACUUCAAUUGGAAACUCAUACGAUUGCGUCUGUUAAUCAGAGCGUAACAGUUGACCCAGCAGCGCAGGUGGUCAACGCAACAACGUCCAGUGAUGCAAUCAAGACGAGGAUGGCAAUUAGCGCCCAAGGCCAAAGAACAAUAGCCACUAAUAAGUUGUUGCAAAAUCGAUUAGAUCGCAGUAGAACAACAACAACAACCGCUAAUCCAAUCUCUGGACAUUCGGAUGAAGAGGGCGAUGAUUUCGAUAGGAAAACAACAGCCCGGACAAAUCGAUUUGGCAGUUCCCGCAUCACAACAGCCCGAAGUUCCAAAGAAUCCAGCGAGCAGGACGAUUCAGUUAAAACAAUUCAAACAACCGUAAAACCCAUCCAAUCAACAAUAACAACACGGAAUCUGAUAACUGGAAAAUUCGGUCGUUUCCGAACGACAACCGUGUCCGCCAUCCCGGUCUCUAAUAAUUCCGAUGAAGAAAUCGGUUUGACGAAGCCAAUUGUAACGACGACAGUCCGAACUACCGGCAACAGAUUUAAUCGUGUACAGACAACAACUGUCUCAACUCGCGAUGCUUCUGCUGAAGAAAUUCAAUCGGUUCGUGAGGUGAAAACAGCCCCCAGUUUAACGUUCGGUAAUCGAUUCGGUCGUGUCCGCACCACAACUCCGGUCUCCAAAGAUUCAGAUGAAGAGGUCAAGGAAAUCCAGACGACGACCGUCCGUCCUCCAUUACCGAACAAUCGAUUUAAUCGUUUCAAAACAACAACAGUGGCCAAGCCAGUGACGCAAGAGUCUAAAGAGCAAGGUAGUAAUGUCACUACCUCGACGUCAGUUCCUCUUAAAUUAUUAAUAGGCAAUCCAUUCAAUCGCAUCCGCACGACCACUGCCGCUGCCCCGAUCUCCGACACUUCGGACGAAACAGCUGAAUCGGUUAACGUUACUCAGACAACUACGUCACGCACUUCAACAUCCAGCAGCCGAUUGAACCGAUUCCGGACCACGUCUGCUCCAGCGUCCAAGAAAGAUUCAGAAGAGCAGGACGAUGUGGUCAACGUAACCUCUACGACGACAUUACGCCCUUCAGCGUUUAGAAAUCUGUUCAGUCGGACACGAACGACAACAAGUUCUCCGAUCUCCCGAGAUUCUAUCGAAGAAGAAGAUUUAGUAAACAAAACAUCGACGACGACAGUCCGCAGUUUGCCAACCAGAAAGCUGUUUGGUCUUCCUCGAACGGUAACUGUCCCUGCCCGAAUUUCAAUCAGUUCCGACGAGGAUGUCGAUGUCGUUAACAAGACAGAAACAACAACAACACGCAGGUUUCUCGUGGGGAAUCGGUUCGGUCUUAUACGAACAACAACUCUUCGAUCGGUAACGACAACUUCCCAACACUCUGAUGAAGAAAUUGAUGUUGUUAAUGCAACUCUAACGACCACCGCUCGCAGUUUGGCGGCAGCAAACCGUUUCAAAGGCUUCCGCAUUACAACUCCAGCAUCCAGAAAUUCGGAAGAACAAGUCGGUUCGGUUAACAGCACUCAAACGAACGCGCGUAACUCCCUUUUGAGGAAUCGAUUGAGUCGUUUACAAACAACAACAACAACAACCAGCAUCCCAAUUGCAGACCAUUCUGACGAACAAGUCGAUUCCGAAACGCAAACGACUCCGCCAUCAAGUCAAACACCAGCAGCCACAUCUAGCGAUUCCAACGAGCAAGACGACAUGAAUAACGGGACUGAAACAACCACAGAUCGUAGCCAAGUGACUUUAAAAUAUUCCAAUCGUUAUCGGACAACAACUGUCCGUAAUUUGACUUUGGAAAAUUCCGACGAACAAGAGGACGAUUCGGUUAGUACAACCGAAAUGACGAGCAGUUUUCAAAUUCCAUCGACUACGAAGACUACGCCUCUGACGCCAGCCUCAAAACUUGUCGCAGAUAAAGCCACUGUGUCGUCGGAAAUAGCGAAUCUAGAGAGGAAAGACCGUGCCAUCAUUUACAACGCUAAAACCAACGUCAUCGUUAACCAGCCCGACAAGUUAGAGACUACGACAUCGGUGCCAAUAACUCAAAACUACUUUAUGGCCCGGCAUUCGGACGAAUUGGAUGAUGAUUCCGACGAUGAAGACAUCAGCAGCAUUCUUUACACCUACAUCGAAUUUAGAACGACUGCCUUACCAACCGCAAGUGAGGUGGACGAAGACAAUUCAGCAGAAGUCGAUGAUUUUUCUUUGGAAUCAAAGGACUCGGUCACCGAGAAACCCGAACACAAGGCCGCAGGCGAUGACCGGGUUGCGAUCGUGUCCCCCGAGGAUGUUUCCACGGCCAACAAAAGUGACGAUGUUUCAGCGGAAUUCAUUAUCGUGGUCACCAACAACUCGGAAAGUACCCGAAACAAAACAGCAGCCUUCCUUCGAGGUGCGAAGCUCUUAAUGGACUCUGACGAAGGUAAUGACGUCUCCACGGAGGGUGAAGGAUCGGGUGACGUUGCAAAUGAAGAGAUCAACCAAUAUCAAACAACACCAGUACAGCAAGACGCUCGUGUUGUGUCUGACGAAGGGGAUGACGCUUCUGCCGAGACUGAAAUAUCACGUGACAUUACGAACCGAACGAGUCCGGUGGAGCAAAGCAUCGUUGAAUCGGAAGAGCUGAGCAACGUUUCGACGGACGCUGAAGUGUCGGGCAGCAAACACGGCGUGAAGAUGAACACGGAAAGUCAAACGGAGUCUGUUGAACAAGAUGUUGAUCUUGUCACGGAAUCGGAUGAGGGCAAUACCACGUCUGCGGAGGUCGAGGUCAACAAUGGCGCGUUAAGCGAUAACAGGGAGGAUGUCAAUAAAACGAGUGCCGAACUGGCGCAGGAUUCCGACGAGAAAGACGAAUCCUCUUUGGAAGUUGACGUCAGUAAAUUGCCUGACAUUAAACGGCUGUUGACUGACGUCGGAGAGUCCUCAACAGAAGCCGAAGACAAAACAGCAGCGGUGCAGAGUGAAAGUCACGUCUUGUUCCCGGAUAUCGAGAAGCUCUUCAAAUUGGAUGUCGACAACCAAACGGCGGCACCAGCCAGAAGCACAAAUCAGACUCUAAUCGAAGAAGCCAAUAAGAAGAAAGAGGUCAACAUGAAAAUCAGAGAACUGCUGACCAACCCGAAAGUGCAGGAGAGGCUCCAGGAAAGGCUUCAAGCGAUCGACGGUCGUUUGAAGGACUCGAAAAGCGCAAGAGUUAAGCGUCUCAUAGAGAAAUAUUUGGCCGCUUUGGCCAAAUUAUCUCCAUCUUCCAAUUCUGCAACAUCCUUCAGUUUCUCUGUCCUCCUUCCGUUGAUGGCCACUUGUCUUUUGCUUGGCUUUUCAUAAGUUAAACGACCUAACGAGCAGUUUGCUCGCUGUACAUUCCUGUCCAGUUUGCUCUCAUUGUUUGUUUCCUGUAAAAAAAAAAAACACACAAAAAAAAAAAUAACGGUCUUGCUCAAAUACCAAUAUUAUUCAUUUUCCAAAUAAUUAUUAAAUUGGCUACCCUUCAAGGUUUUUAUUUUUUCAGCCCUCCGGACUCGUGGUAUUGUUUGAUAUUUCUGUAACCUGCUUUUUCAUAUUUUCACAUUCCUAAACAUUUCAAAUACAGUUUCAGCUACGAUAGA